AUGCAUUCAACCACAGACUCAUCACCCACUCCUCCCACCCAACAACCCACCAAAAAGAUCUCCUACGAACUCCGUCCCGCAACACCCGCCGAUGCCACGCAAAUCUCCCAGCUCGGCAGCAAAACCUUCGCCCACACAUUCGGCUACUCGCUGCCCCCCUCGGACCUCGCAUCCUACCUUGAAACCUCCUAUUCCAUUCCCUCCAUAACCCGUGAGCUCACCAACCCAUCUAUGCAAUACAUAGUCGCCGUGUCCCCCUCCGACGCGUCCCAGAUCUACGGCUUCGCGCAACUAACGUCCGGAUCUUCUGAGCCUUGUAUCGAUGUUGAUCCUGAGAAGUACCCCGAGCCGGUCGAGUUGCAGCGGUUGUAUGUGGGUGUGGAGUUUGCAGGGAAGGGUGUAGGGAAGGGGUUAGCGAGGGAGAUUGAGCGGAUGGCGAGGGAGAUGGGGAGGAAGACUUUGUGGUUGGGCGUUUGGGAAGAUAAUUUGGUGGCGCAGGGGAUCUAUAAAGCGCUUGGAUUUGAGAAGGUUGGGAAGCAUGAUUUUGUGAUGGGAGAGUGUGUGCAGACUGAUUGGAUUAUGAUGAAGAAGUUGUGA